AGCAGCAUCGUGGGCACGCAGAUCACGAACUUCUUGCGAGACCUGCCCUAUAAAGACCAACCCAUCCGGUGGGAACCGGAACACGUGCAGUAUCACCGGGUGCGUGGAGACACGCUGGAGAUUCUGGAAGUGGAAGUGGCCGAGACGAACGGUCAGUUGAUGACCUUGAACCCGGCGGGUGAGACGCAAGUGACGUUGCAUUUCCAGGCAUGAAUCGCAUCGUGUUGGUCAGUGAUCCGACCAAAGAGUUUCCCAGCAACACCCCCAGUUCGUUCAAAGUGCGCCUGCCCGUGCCGUUGGCCUUGAGUGGGGGAGGAUGGAAGGUGGGGCUGGCGGUCAUCUCCACCCCGGACGCGGCCUUGGAGUUUUCGAGACUCACGACGGCCGUCAACCCACGCGUGCUCAAGGUGGGCUGCAAGUUGGCGACCAGUUUGACGGACGUGGCCCCGAUCCACCACCGGACCACCAUGCAGAUCAAGGAUAUCUUGCACGAUCCCGGCGUGGUGGAUGGGGUGAGUCUGAUGAAAGUCAUCAUACGAAAAUCGCAGUUUUACGAGAUGAAAGAAGCGCAAGCCAAGAGUAAACGGCUCUACGACCGGUUUCGGGUCACGUACGAAUGGGACGGCGAGGACCUGCGCAUGCUGGCCAAGGACUUGAACGAUGUCGCGUUGACGACCGGCAUGGCGUUCGUGGAAUGGCACGUGCACGUGAGCAUGGCCAAGUUGAUGGGGUGGUUGGUGGAGACGAAAAAGGACACGUACGCCUUGGGACCCAAUCUCCAUUACGAACUCAUUUACAAGACGCAGCAGACGGGGAAUUAUUACAAAGACGUCAAGAACACGGAACUGGACAACCACGAUCUGUGGAAAAUAGAAGGGGGUCUCUUGCAGUUGAGUCAGUGCCUCAAUUGGCGCUUCACCAACUUGAACGUCGCGUUCCGAGAGGUGGUGGAGGAACCCUCGCGCACCUUUCUGGUCUACUCGGACCUGGUGGACAGCAAUAUCGUCGGCGGUCAACAACAUGCGCUGGUGCGCGAAGUGGAGUACCGGCGCCAAGGCCAGGGCGUGGCCUACUUUGAACCCUUGCACAUUCAGUGGUUACCGUGUCGGCGCGAGUACAUGGACCUGGUGGAGGUGGAAAUCGCCGAGAGUGACGGAGGGUUGGUCCAGUUCGGCACGGGACGCACCCUGAUCACCUUUGUGUUCCAACGAGACGUAUAA